AUGCGUUCUACUCUGAUCUGCACGACCCUUGCUGCAGGCGCCCUGGCAGCCCGCCCGUGGAUCAAUGAGCCAGAUACUGGAUUAGAAGAGGUCAUCGGAGACACUCCCAAAGGCUCCCUGCCCGAUCUCAAGGCUAUGGUUGGCCUGCCUGACUUUGACUGGGCAGCGAGGAACUAUCUGCCUCUCCAGAACUACACCUACUACCGCAACGGAGCAGCGGGCGAGUCCUCCUACCGGAAUAACCUGGAGGUGUUUGGCCGUUACACCUUCAUCCCCGAGGUGAUGAAUGACGUUACUAAGAUUGAGGAAUCUUUACCUACCACAAUCCUCGGCCACAACUUCUCGGCCCCCUUUUACAUCAGCCCCUGCGCCUACGGCCUUUACGGGCAUCCCAAUGCGGAGGCUAACUUUGUCAAGGGAGCUGCUGCUGGCAAGAUUCUGUAUAUUCCCUCAGGUUACGCCAGUCUGUCCAUUGAGGAAAUUCAUGCUCUCAAGGCCGAGGGCCAGGUCGUGUUCCAGCAGCUAUACCUUACUACCAACGAUACGGAGACCCAGAGCCUCUUUGACCGCAGCAAGGCUGCUGGAGCCGACGCUCUGGUUUUCACCGUUGAUGCUCCCAUCUUCGGCUCUCGCCACCGCGCAGCCCGCCUUGACGUAAGCUUGGCAUCUGGCACCUACCGCCACAUCACAUGGGACUACUAUCACAAGCUCCAGAACAUGACAGAUCUCCCCAUCAUUGUAAAGGGUAUUAUGAGUGUCAGGGAUGCAAAGAAGGCGGUUGAGAACAAGGUUCCUGCCAUUGUCCUCUCCAACCACGGCGGUCGCCAGCUCGAUGGCGCUCCAUCUGCUCUGGAAGUUGCAAUUGCCAUCUACAAGGAGGCUCCUGAGAUCUUCAACCAGACUGAAGUGUUCGCUGACGGUGGGGUUCGAUAUGGCACUGAUGCCCUCAAGCUUCUCGCCCUUGGAGUCAAGGCAGUUGGUCUCGGCCGCCCCUUCAUGUACUCGAAUGCGUUCGGCCAAGAGGGUGUUGAGCGAGUCAUCGAGCUUUUCAAGAAGGAACUCGCUGUUGAUGGCGCCAAUGUGGGACUUGGGUCUCUGAAGGACAUCAACCCUGGCUUCCUUAAUCUCUCCCCAAACAACUGGCAUCCUUAG